AUGGCUGGCAUGGCAUCUAGAGAAGAUAUUUAUAAAAAACAAAAAACAUGCUUACAAGUUGCAACGAAUGUCACUGAGCAAAAGCAUCAUGUAUCAAGGGCUAAAAGGGGGCAAAUCCUGGGGCAUCUGCGAGGAUUUAGGGGGUGUACAGUUUGGUUUACAGGGUUAUCCGGAGCUGGUAAAACUUCCAUAGCGUUUGAACUAGAGGCUUACCUCGUAUCCCACGGAAUACCAGCCUAUUGUCUUGAUGGCGACAACUUGAGAACAGGUUUAAACAAAGACCUGGGAUUCUCCAAGCAAGAUCGAGAAGAGAACAUCCGACGAGUAGCCGAAGUGGCGAAACUGUUUGCAGAUGCCGGACAGAUAUGCCUCUGUAGUUUUAUUUCCCCCAGUGCCGAAGACAGAGAUGUGGCACGUCGUAUCCAUCGAGACAGCGAUCUUAAGUUUUUUGAAGUAUUCAUUAACACUCCAUUGGAAGUAUGCGAACAAAGAGAUACUAAAGGUUUAUAUCAGAAGGCAAGGAAGGGUAUUAUCAAGGGCUUUACGGGUAUCGAUCAACCUUAUGAGAAGCCGGAACUUCCGGAACUUGUGGUGAAAACAGUAAAUUGUUCGAUAGAGCAGUCAACAAUGCAAGUUGUCGAAUUGUUACAAGAGAACGGAAUAUUGCCUUUUGUGCAAGAAGAAAAGGAUGUUAUUCCCGAAUUGUUCAUUCCAAAAAGUAUGCUAGCUAGUGCUUAUGAAGAAGCAGAAUCAUUACCGAGACUUCAGAUUACUGAAUUGGAUUUACAGUGGCUGCAGAUUCUCAGUGAAGGUUGGGCGUAUCCCUUGAAAGGUUUCAUGCGCGAGGAUCAAUACUUACAAACGCUCCAUUUUAACUGCCUUCAGAACGAGGGUAAUCCCGUCAGUCAAAGCAUUCCAAUUGUCUUGCCUCUCACUACUAUGGAUAUGGAACGUUUGAAAGAUGCAUCUGCUGUUGCGCUGUUAUACAACGAUCAGUGUUAUGCUAUUCUUAGGAAACCAGAGUUUUUCUAUUAUAGAAAAGAAGAGAGAGCGGCAAGGCAGUUUGGUACGACGAAUAAAGAUCAUCCUUAUGUAAAGAUGGUAUACGAAUCGGGUGACUGGUUGGUCGGAGGUGACUUGGAAGUAUUCCAAAGGAUAAAAUGGAAUGAUGGACUAGAUAAGUAUCGAUUGACACCCAAUGAACUCAGAAACAAGUUUAAAGCUAUGGGAGCUGAUGCAGUGUUCGCCUUCCAACUGAGGAACCCCAUUCACAACGGUCACGCAUUGUUAAUGACAGACACCAAGAGGCAACUACAAGAAAGGGGUUACAAGAAACCUGUCCUACUACUCCAUCCUUUAGGUGGUUGGAUCAAAGACGACGACGUCCCUCUACCAACCAGAAUCCUUCAACACCAAGCAGUUCUCGACGAAGGUCUUCUAGAUCGCACUUCAACAGUAUUAGCUAUUUUCCCCAGCCCCAUGAUGUACGCAGGACCUACCGAAGUCCAAUGGCAUGCCAAAGCAAGAAUGAACGCUGGUGCUAAUUUCUAUAUCGUAGGUAGAGAUCCAGCUGGUGUUACACAUCCUGCUGGAAAAGAAGCAUCCCCCGACGGCAAUCUUUAUGAUCCUACACAUGGUGGAAGGGUAUUGAAGAUGGCUCCAGGUCUAAAUUCAUUAGAAAUCAUUCCGUUUAGAGUGGCAGCUUAUGACAAGAAGCACAGAAAAAUGGAUUUCUUCGACGUUUCUCGUAAAGAAGAUUUCGAAUUCAUAUCAGGUACCAAGAUGAGAACUUUAGCUAGGAACGGUGACACUCCCCCUGAUGGUUUCAUGGCACCGAAAGCAUGGGAUGUACUAGCUGGAUAUUAUCAAAGUUUAUCCAAAUGUUAA